CAGCUAUUUCCCGCGGAUUCGAUUACGCGUACGUAGCAACCAAUUAAAAUGGCCGAUAUGAGUGUUUCUGUAUGUCAUAACGGAUUUUAAGAAAUAAUGUGAGAACGACGGAGAUCAGUUAUUUUUUUAAGCGCUGUGAUUCCCCCUUUAUUGUGAUUUAUAUUCCCUGGAGGAUAUAAGUGCAUGGUUAAAAGUAUAUUGACUUGCCAUACAAAAGUCGGUUCCACGGGCAAAAUGACGGAAGUAUCUCAGUCAAGUCUUUACGUUCAGCAGCGCGUUCAGUCGUCUUACUUUCCUGCUAUACCAGUUGGAGCUCCCAAAGCAACUCUUUCAUAUCCAAGGGCAACACAAAGCGCUCCUUACACUGCAUUGAUGGGAGUAGUUGUUGAUGGCAGAAUUCCAAAACGGCAUCCAGUCACCUCAAGAUGUAGGGUAAGGAAACAAGUAGGUCUAACUAAUCGUUGGAGAUUGCCCGAGUCCUUGGGCAGUGAUCUGUUGGGAAGUUCACAGGCCAUCAAAGCUGUCAGCAUGCCAUACAAUCAAACCCUUAUGAACAUUAUCACUGCCGAGAGUGCCCAAAUCAACAUGAAUCUUGAUGUAACAAAGCCAUACACGUUCAGACAGACAGCUGACAGGCCAUACACCGAACCCCCUGGUAUUCCUAGAACCAUACCCAAAGACACAAGUCAGGAAAAUGCUGCAAAGAUUCCGGCAACAGCACCAAUGAUUACUAGCUUGACAAAGCCAUUAAGCCCUAUUAAAAAGUUUAUGCCACGUAGUGCACGUCCAGUGACACCAAAAGACGUAUUCCUGUAUCAUUCCAAGAGAAAUAAGAGCCUUAUGGGACCAGAAUCCCUGAAAGGGUCGGAACACGGUUCUCAACAUAGGCUUGUUGGGCCUGUGUCAAUUCACCAUUUCCAUGAUGUGCUGCUUAGAUGUUUGGGAAUGGACUGGGAGUUACAUCGACCUUUCUUGCGCAAGUCUGAGACCCUGACAGCAUUAUUGCAAGGGGCUGAUGACCCACGACCCCAGCUGUACUACAAGAGUCCAGCAUCUGAAACUUUGGACAAUUACAUCAAGAAAAGUAACUUCUACAGUAAUGAGUAUAGGGAGAUGUCAAACAGACUGAGUACAGUAGAAGGGCUUGAGAUACAGGAUGUGAAAGAUCUUGAAUCUAAGAAGAUUGAUCACCCGUCACUUACGUCUGAGGGGCGUGUCAAUAAUGUCACACUCAUACAGAUGGACAUACAUGACCCAUUUGUGACAAAAACUGGAAUGGCAAUCGCCCUUGGCAACAUGUAUCAUGAUGAAAUUGAUGUGGAUAAUGAAAGACUAGCAGAGGUUCUCGCAGCUGCAUGCAUCUUACAGUUUAAGGCACUAAUUAAAGGGUGUACUAAAUUGAUGCUAAAGAACAUCAACAAUCAAACUGUGUGCAAGUACCAUGCUGUUGCCUCAAAGCAUCAACAAGAGCAUGUAGUUUUGGCCUGUGAGAGAUGGUUGGAACUCAACUUGAUACCAGAUCUGUCGGAAAAUAUCCAGCUUCGUGAAAUGCCGAUGGAACUGCUGCAGAAAGUUGUAAAAUCCAAUCGUUUAUUUGUCUUCAAUGAAAAAAGUGUAUAUAGAACUCUAGCUUAUUGGCUAUUUAUGCAGCUUAAUCCACAUCUACAGCUGAUGCCCUCACAUAGUACUGUACUUUCAUACUUUAAUAGUUUACCAAAGACAACCUCAUUUAUUGAGAGAGAUGAUGGUCAGAUUUAUUCACCCUUAUUCUCAGCUGUACGACUUCAUGGAAUUUUAGACACGGGAAAUAUUCAAGAUAUGCAGCUGAUGAAUAUAUUGCCUAGAGAAAAGCUGAUUGACCUUCUAUCUCAACAUUAUCAUGCUCUACAAGGGGGUGGAGACAUGUCUUUGAUGAAGAAUUUUAACACAGCUGCUAUCAGGCAGGGUUUUAUAAUGGAUACAGAACCUCUUUACCACUCGGAGGUGUUUUCUCUUCAUGGUUUCCAUUUCGAAUUGAAGGGAGCAGGAUCUAAGGAUGGAGUUUAUUCUUUCUUUAUGCAGAGACUGAAACCAGGUGACCCUAUUUUGAGUUUCCGUCAAUGUGAAAGAAACACGUUCUCUAUGAGGGUAGACAGGGAGGUGAGAUAUUGUAUAACAGCUCAGUAUGUGAACAAGGAAGAUAAUAAGUCUGUUUGCACUGGUAUAAAGAGUCAGAAGUUUGGACUUGGUGAGAAAACAAGUAAAUCAGAG